CUUUGACACAAAACCUGGAUUCCGAUCGGAUACCGCUUCUGAGACAGCUGCUUGGGCCGACGAUCACGAGUCUGAGCAUUUCCCGUGUGGUGACACACGCACCUACCCUUGGUCUGAUCGCUAUCCUCCCUAGCAUCUGUCCUCGUGUCAACGCAUUUCACUGGGAAGAUGGCGAUACCCCCAAUCCAGAACUUGAGGUCUCUGUUUUAUCUCGAGUCGUUUCCUCAUGGGAUAAUCUUGAGCUGGUGCGGUGUAAUCUGCUAGAUUGCGGUGCACUUCAGCACUUAACACGCUUGAAGAACCUGACGUCGCUAACAACGGAUCUUCCCAGUCACCCCUCGUCCUCGAUUUUUCAGGCGUUUGAGCCACCCAUGUUCGAGGCACUCAUCUCGCUGCAGCUCUCAACUUCACCCGACGAUUCGCUUUCAGUCAUGGCUGAGCACAUCCGAGGCUUAAACCAUGUGCGAUUGGCUCCAAUAGAGUUCACCGCUAGGAGCGAGCAUUCUUCCCCAUCAUCAUUAACAGACCUCUUCGAUGCGUUGGCCGCCCACUUCAACAAUACGACGUUAAGAACCCUCGAUGUUCGGGAAUUCGCCAAUAGGCCACCCGAUGUUUUCAUUGACCAGCAUACAUUUUCCAGACUCCGCACGUUUCAACAUCUAUCCCAGAUAUCCAUAGACACUGGGCGCUGCGCUGUUGACUUGGACGAUAACGCCCUCCUACAGAUGGCAGAGGCGUGGCCAAACCUCAUGGCACUAUCCAUCAAUCCCAUGACAGGCUGGAGAAGACGGUCCCAGGUGACCUUCCGCGGCCGAAUAACCUUCAUAAGCAAGCUCCCCCAACUUAGCGAGCUGGGAGCUGCAGUUGAUGGCAAUACUCUGACCCUUUUAAACAUCGAGCAUGAUAGCAACGGACAGACCAGCAUAGAAAAACCGUUUGUUUUGGAUCUUUUAGAUACAAGGAUAGAAGGUAAUGAUGUACCGGAGGUUGCAGCAUGUCUCGCCGAUAUGUUCCCUUGUAUGGGCUUGGAAGGGUUUACCCCAGUCCAUGCGUGGAAAUGGAGGUACAGCACGGGCCUGGAUGAGGGAGGCAUCUGAUGUUUACGUGGGUAGAUGGGAGUGUGUUGCUCGUACUGUCGGCUUUAUAAAUCGGGUUAGGCACAGGAGGGGUCGACAGAGUAGUGUAUAAUAAAUAUUCAUGACAUAGAUUCUGAUGAUGUUGCUCCGUAUAUAACCUUUCGUUCAGUAGCCAAAUUCAAGUCAUUCAGUCGAAAGCUAAUGAUCGCAGCCAGGUUGGCGAGACGAGGAUAGCGACGCACUGCAACCUUAAGCCUAUGGUCAGCCCUGACGCGGUUCUACUCACAUGGGAUGACGCAUCGAUGAAGCCUUCAACCAAACAUAUUGUAAGAGAUAAAUAAGGAUACCGUGAUAGUGCAUACGUGAUAAGUAGUCUUCGUUGCUGACACAGGAGUGCGCUGUAACUUCAGAACCUCCAAAGUUACAGUGCCAUGUUUAGCGACGGGCCACACUACUCUCAUCAAGAGGGUUACAGCCUUCGCCUGUAUGCUUGCACAGGCGCGCAAUACGGUUUCGGAGAGCGGAGUAGGCGUGGCGAUGUGUAUGUGCGUGGUUUUCGGAAUUCUCUCAGGUGGAAUGGUGGUCUUGAAGGGUGUGCAUUUGAUGGGUCAGGCGGGUGAGUGUCCGCGCUUUCGCUUGUAUGGAUUUAUCAGCUGUCCUGGUUCUUUCUCGCCGCCGCCGGUAUAAUCGGAUUUACCGCUCUCCU